GAUGUACAUUUUAACAGUUUCAAUGUUACUAUGCUGCGCUAGUGUUUCAAUUAGUUUUUUAGUAUCUCAUAGUAUUUCAGAGCUGCUGGUAAGGGACCACCAAUUCAAAAAAUACACGGAACGUUUUAGGAAUAAAGUAAUUGUUUAUCUGGAAAUAAGAUACAGAAUUAAAAGGAUCGUAAUAGAGUAUAUAAGUAAUAUAAGAGACAAAAUAUGAAGGUGGAAGUAUCUGAAAAUGACAAAAACAAGUGCGGACCGUGCAAUUUUAGGGUUGGUGUUGUUUUAUUUGGAGGUUUUUUCAUUCAUCUGGCGUUAGGAGCCAUGUACACGAUAGGUAAUUUUUCACCGUAUUACAUUUCGUACAUACGGAACCGCACGGCUGAUACCGAGGUCAAAAACGUGGACACUUUGUGGAUCAAUGGAGCUGGUACUGUCGGCAACUGUGUGGGUUUGACGGUAGGCGGUAUCUUUGCUCAUAGAUUUGGGGCAAGAAUCGCAACAUUUAUUGGCUCUCUAGUUUUCUGUGGAUCUGUAGCUGUUAAUUAUUUUAGUGUUAAUAGCUCCUUUAUAGCUAUAGUAAUUACAAGUGGACUAACGACAUAUUUAGGACACAAACUCACAUAUGGCUCUCCCGUUCAAACAGCUAUUAAGUGGUUACCAGAAUAUUCUACCCUGGCGGCAGGACUCGUAGUUAGUGGAACAGGCGGUGGAUCUCUGAUUUUUAAUCAAGUUAUUACAGGCUACAUUAAUCCUGAUAAUCUCUCACCAGAUUUAGUUACAGAGGAUGGUGGAAGAUAUUUUACUCAGCCAGAUCUAUUGGACAGAGUACCUACAUGCUUUCUACUUCUUGGCGGUGCUUACUUUUGUAUGCAGCUCAUUGGUAUUGCCUGUUUGUCAGAGCCCCCACCAAGGCCUUCAAAGGUGGUGAGUUUAGACGUAGAGAAACAACUUCAGAAUAAACAAGAUGAAAUCUGUCCGAGAACUAAAGAAAAUAACGAUGAUACAACAAAUCAAUAUGCAGAAAAUGGAUCAAAGCCUGCAUAUGAUAACUUAGGAUUCAGCCACAAAGAAAAUGAAUACAAGAUAAAUAACAAAAACGCUAAUACCGAAACUGCUACUGUUGGUGAUAAUAUGCAGGAAAACAAAGAUGCUGAAGUAUCAAAUGAAAGCGACAGCUUUCUGGAAGAAUUAGGUAUCUUAGAGGCAAUAAAAUUUGCUUUAAGGUGCCGAAGCUUCUAUAUAGUAUGGCUGACGAUGAUGCUUAUGAAUGGUGGCAUGCAGUUUAUCAAUAGUCUUUACAAGGCAUAUGGACAAACAUUCAUAGAUGAUGACCAUUUCUUAGCCUUAGUUGGAUCUUUGGCAGCUAUAUUUAACUGCAUAGGUCGUCCUAUCUGGGGAGCUGUCAUGGAUAAAUUUGGAUUCAGGGUUGCCAUCCGUUGUGUAUCAAGCGGCUUCGUUAUUCUGUUAGCAACAUUACUUCUCACAGAGCAUCUUUCGAAGUACCUGUUCAUGUUGUGGAUUUGUGCCUUGUACUUCUUUUUCUGUGGUAUUUGGUCCAUUAUGCCAUCAACGCUUGCUAAACUUCUUGGUCCACAGCACAUGGCUAUCAACUACGGAAUAAUUUAUACUGGCUUGUCUGUGGUUAGUAUACUCGGUAGUCUUUUUGGAACGUCUUUAAAGGCGGAGAUUGGCUGGCAUGGUUUAUUCUUUAUGGCAGCAGGACUAGGAGCUGUAGUGUUUCUUCUGUCGUUCGUUUUCAACGGAAUAGAUCGUAAUGGGAAAAGGAUAUAAUGAUCGUGUAAUUGUUACGGCAACACAAAAUAUACCCGUAACAUUAUCAUAUAAGAAAUGACAUACAGUUAAAACUCGAUAUCUCGAAUUAGCUUAUCUUAAAAUACUAGCUAUCUCGAAUCCCGAAAAUGCGUGCACAAAAUAUCAUUUUAAGUCGAAUAUCGGUUAACCUCGAAGUACAAUUGUGGAUCCCUUGGAAUUCGAGAUGUCGAGUUUCAACUGCAUAUGUCUGAAAGAGCUCCCUGUGUAAACACUUCAGUACGAGCUUACGGUAAUCAUUUGUUUCUUAAAUGUUAUGUAAUGUUGUACCAUUUCUGUUUUGAAAGGAUAUGUAUAUCUUAAAGAACUUCCUCAGGAAACAUUUCAAUAAUAUCUUAUGGUGACAUAUUGUUUCUAAGAUGUAAUGAAGUGUGACAUUUCUGUUUAGUAAUGACAUAUACAUGUAUGCAAGAAUGUCCUGAUGAAAUAUUUCAGAACGAUCUAACGGUAAAACAUUGCUUCUUAUUAUAUAUAAAUGUAAUGUAAUGUAAUAUCGCCUAAGUUAUAUUCAGUAAAACGGUUGUUUGAUAUUAUCGUAUUUCUAGUGGUUUACUUUAUUCUUACGUUGACCAUAUCUGUUUUAACAGGUGGGUACGAAUUAUUGGCAAUUAUGAUUCAGUUAGCCUUGGGUGUCUGUCCUGGCAUUACUGCAAUAACGGACGUGCAUCCAGAUUGAACCAACGACCUUUUUUUAAAAGUAACCGGAUGGCGCCCUCAUAAAAUAACACGACCCUUGAGAGGAGUUGUAACAAAUUCGGUGACUGGCAUUUAAUAUGUCAGUAACAUUAACCACUCGGUCUUCUUUUAAGCUUCUUAAUCCUUAUGAGAUAAAUCUGAUUUAAAUAUGAUAUUUAAAGAAACAUGUCAAAAUACACAGGCUACCAUAGUUUAGGUCUUAUAUGCAAAGGAUUUAAGGGAAGCGUGAAUUGACUACUCCCCGCACCCUACGCCCGCUUAAAGACGUGCAUUAGUCAUACUAUACUGUGACUUUGGAACGCGGUUAGGAUAAAGGGAAAGGGUAUGCGCGCAGUUCAAAUACUUGGUAUACUCUUCCCUGUGAGGGUUCAAAGACAGUGCCCAUCUUUGUUCCUGUAUGUGUUUGUUUAGUGUUUGCAGUCUAUUUACUUUACUUCUUAUAUGUAUCUGUCGACCACACAGCCAUACAUACACUUUAGUGUUCUGUUUAGGGGAGGCUGCAUUUGUUAAACGGACGUGCUAUACCUAUUGGAUCUGUUUCCUUGUAUUUGUUUGUUCUUGGCAAGAUGGUAAUUGUAACUGUAAAGUGAAGAAGAGAAGACGUGUGUUCAAGUCUGUCGCCGUAUGGCACUUAGAGACUGCCGUUGUUCUAAAAAUCAUAAGGAUAUUACACCGAAGGCCAAGUAAGGGAACAAUAACCAUUCGAUUGUCAAGGUAGAUCUGGAAUUAGUUUCUUGUUUAGUGCAGUGUUUAUAGUAAUUCUCAUUAUCACAAAAAUAUGACCAACCUAUUGCUGGAAAUGUCUUUCCAACUGCUCCUAGACCUGCUGCCAUUAGAAUAAACAAUGCAAACCAAUCUUCUCCUUUAGAGACUUUUUCAAAAAGACUUCCGAGUAUAAUAAUCACAUAGUGAAAUGUAACUUGUGUUAGAUAUUGAUUUCUCAGAACUUUGUCAAAGAUUUUUUAGACCU